CAGCCUCGUCGCGCAGCGUCGCGAGAGAUACCGCGCGUCGUCGCCGUCGUCGCCAGCGAUAUGGGAGCGACCGGUGUCCGCGAGGGCCAGUGUUAGUGCGGCCGCAGUGCAGUCCGCGAGUGUGUCGGUGCGUGUGCGGGCAUGUGCAGUGGGCGUGCAGCACGUCUAGUGAAGCCCCGCGUUUGGCAUGACGGAGUUCGGUGAACGCGGCGAGUGAGAAAGGCAAAAGGGCCGAGCGCCGAGCGAGCGGUCGGAGUCUCGGAGUCUCGGAGUCGGUGACUUCUGCAACAAGUGUCCGCGCCGGGCUGCGCCGCUGCGCCCCUGCGCCGCCCGCGCCAGCAGCCCAGCUGAACCCUCCGCUAGCGGAGCUCCGCGGGGCGCGCCCUGCCCUCCGCCUGCCGCGCAACAAGUGCCUCACAGUGACACUCGCUUCCUCCCCGCGCCCCGCCCUAGAGGCCGUCCUGCAGGCCGUCUUGCAGGCCAGCGCCCUAGAGGCCGUGCCGCCCCGUCCAGUGCGCCCCGCGGCAACGCGUUGCCAGGGCCCAGCUCCCUGAGCCGCGGGACGGCGGUGACUGACACCUGGAGUACCUGAAGCGCCUGAAGCACCUGGACUACCUGUAGCGCCUCGACUACCUGAACCUGAAGCACCUGGACUACCUGGAGGACGCCGCACCAAACCAGCCAUACAGGAUCCACAGGAUGGCGUCCAGGGACUCCUCCAAGACGGCCUCCACGCUGGAGGUGGCCGACACGAACAACGACUACCUGUGCGGCAUGUGGGGUUGGCGGCCGGCCUGCCUCAACCGGUUCGCCACCUCCAGGACGUUCCUGGUGGUGUACGGGCUGCUGGGCACCGUGCAGGCCAUGGCGUACGUCUACUUCAUCUCCACGCUCACCACUCUGGAGAAGCGCUUCAAGAUCCCCAGUAAAACCACGGGCAUCAUGCUGAGCGGCAACGAGGUGAGCCAGAUCAUGCUGUCCCUGUUCCUCACGUACUACGGCGGCCAGGGCCGACGGCCGCUGUGGAUCGCCUGGGGCGUUGCGUUGUCGGCGGCCUCCUGCUUCAUCCUCACCCUGCCGCACUUCGUGUUCGGCGCCGGCCCCGACGCCAUCGCCCUCACCGAGGAGUACCUGCAGCACCGCCACUUCAACUACUCCGUGUCGCAGAGCGAGCAGGCCAAGCUGUGCUCGUGGUCGCACCCGCCGGACCCGGACUGCCCGCUGGACAACGAGGUGGACCUGGAGUACACGUGGCUGCCGGCCGGGCUGGUGUUCCUGUCGCAGUUCGUGCUGGGCGUGGGCACCACCCUCUACUUCUCGCUGGGCCAGACCUACCUGGACGACAACACCAAGAAGACCAACACCCCCAUGCUGCUGGGCCUGACCAUGGCGCUGCGCACGGUGGGGCCCGCCAUCGGCUUCGUGCUGGGCUUCGCCUGCCUCAGCCUCUACAUCGACCCGUCCCUCACGCCCGUCAUCGGCAUGAAGGACCCGCGCUGGCUGGGCGCCUGGUGGCUGGGCUGGAUCCUGCUCGGCUCCACCAUGUUCAUGUUCGCGGCGCUCAUGGCCUUCUUCCCGCGCUUCCUGCCCAAGAAGAACAUGGGCCGCAACAUGGUGCUGGGCACGCUGCAGCAGACCAAGGAGGCCCUGUCCAAGGACGAACGGCCGCUCACGUCGGGCACGUCCUUCAAGGUGGAGCCCCUGCCCGCGACGCAGGGCCUCGCGUCCGCACAGGCCGUCGAGAAGCCGACGCUUAAAGCCUUCCCCGGGGCCCUAAUGCGCCUGCUGCAGAACAAGCUGCUGCUGUGCAACAUCUGGUCCGGCAUCUUCUACAUCCUGGGCGGCUCCGCCUACAUCACCUUCAUCACCAAGUACAUGGAGGUGCAGUUCCAGCAGUCGUCCGCCAAGGCGUCCAUGAUCACGGCGCCGAUCUCCAUCCUGGCCAUGAUGACGGGCUUCUUGGUGUCGGGCUGGGCCAUCUCGCGCUUCAAGCCCAGGCCGCUGUACUUGUUGAGCUGGAACGUCAUCGUGGGCGCCACGUACGUGCUGAGCGAGAUUUCCUUCAUCUUCCUGGGCUGCCCCGAGGUGGCCCUGCAGGGCUACCGCCAGGACUACCAGGGCAGGGUGGAGCUGACGAUGCCGUGCAACUUGAACUGCGGCUGCCAGAACAUCAAGUACGACCCGGUGUGCUUCGAGCCGCUCGGCCUCACCUUCUACUCCGCCUGCCACGCCGGCUGCACGUCCAGCAUCAUCCACAACGACAUCAAGAUGUACGACAACUGCACUUGCGUGUCCGGCGGGGCUGACGCGUGGCGGGGUCCUGGUCACGGGUCGGGGGACCCCAGCCACCACCACCAGUACAUGAGCGUCGGGGCUGGCGGCUACCCUUCCGGCUACACGGCCGGCUACGGGCAGCAGGGCUACGGGCAGGGCUACACGCCGGGCUACGGGCAAGGCUACACGCAGGGCGGCGACGGCUACCCGGGCUGGACGCCGUGGCCACAGGUGUCGAACCGCGCGGUGCGGGCGGGGCCCUGCGACCUGGACUGCCACAACGUCUUCUUCACCUUCAUCAUCAUCACCACCUUCAUGCACAGCUUGGGCUCCUCCGGGAAGGUCGGCAACCUCCUCGUCAACUACAGGGCGGUGGACCCGAAGGACAAAGCCUUCGCGCAGGGGCUGUCGCUGUUCCUCAUCAGCAUUUUCGCUUUCAUCCCCGGGCCGAUACUGUUCGGAGCCAUUAUCGACUCGACGUGCCUGGUGUGGGAUGAGUCCUGCGGUCGCAAGGGCAACUGCUGGCUGUACGACAAGGCCAGCUUCCGGACCUACAUCAACGCCACGGCGGCCGUCAUCACCACGAUCGGAGUGCUGCUCGACGCCGUCGUCUGCUACUUGGGCAAGGACCUCGUGCUGUACGCCGAGGAGGAGCCGGCCAAUCCGCAGGAGAUUACCCCCACCCCGGAGGACCUCACGCCCCAGCAGAAGUACACGUCCAUAGCAGUGUGAUGGAACUGCGCGCCCCUUCCGGUCCCGGACCGGCCGCCCGGGCGUGGGGUGAAAAAGAAAAGACAGAUUUCGAAUGGAUUCGCCCAGUUUGCGCGGGUUAUGUGCUCAAGACACUCUCACCCCACGGACCAACAUGCCAAAAAGUGUCAAAUAUUAGUUACGUCUAGGGUAACAAAUUGUGCAAAUCAAAAGCAAAUAGGCAAAGCCGUCCAGAGAAUUGAAAGCAGGCCAUUUAUUUUGUUCGGGUCCGUUUGGUCGUCGGCUCGGAUAUUUUAUAAGUGCGCCGGUUACGUUCGAGUUUAUGGUGUAAAUCCUAGUCACAGCCGAUGGGAUG